AUGGAUGGCAGGGCGUAUAGUCAAGAGGAGGAGAAGGAGGGAGAAGUGGAUGGGGGAUGGGGGUGCAAGUUCACAGUCGUGUCGCCAGCUCAGGCAAGGCAGACAAUACCAGCAAGGCAAGGCAUGGGCGACGACGUGAAGCGUGGCCGACGGGGCGACGUGCGAAGAAGGAUGGAGGCCGGUCGGGCGUUGUAUCUACGGCGCCAGGAGGCGGUGAAAUGGCACUGGGAAUCCAACGUGCCGAGCGUACUGUGGCCGACAGCUCUCAGGAAUCUCAUGCCUCAUGCGCAAGACUUGCUCCCGGCGCGGCUAAGCCAGGCCGGGCUGUUUUGA